AUUGCUUGUAAAGAUUCAGCUGAGUUUUGAGAGAAUUUAAAUCAUUUUUUUUUGUUGAUGCAAAAAAUGGAAAAAUUAAAAUUUAAUGUAAAACAAGCCAUCGAUUUAUUAAUCAAAUCGGCUAUUCAUUUACAGCUACAUACAGAUUCUAUUUGUACGGCUUGUCGAUAUAUACAUCAUUUCAAUGAAUUUCUCGAAGAAAAUCCAUCAACCGACGAAGAUACGAAAUAUGAUUUGGGUGUUGUCGUUACCGCUUCAUUAUACAUUGCAACGAAAACCAAAGAAAAUCAUACACCACUAUCGGAAUUGAUUUCAUCUGUACAUUAUCAUUUAAAAUUCAUUGGCGAUAACGAUCAAAUUGAUUACAAAACCUAUCAAUUAUUGCCAAAAGAUUUCGAUUAUUGGAAACUACGUGAUUCAGUUACCUAUUUUGAAUUGUUAAUGUUACGAAUUUUACGAUUUGACUUGAUUAUUGAUCUUCCACAUAAAUAUCUUAUAUUCUAUCUAAAAACAUUAAGUAAUUGGAUUAAUGACAAUGAAAACAUUGAAAAAAUAUUCACAUUUUCAUGGUCAAUGUUGAAUGAUUAUUGUUGUUAUCAUCCACAUUCAUUAAAAUGGCCAGCUCAUCAUAUAGCAUUGGCAACCAUUGAAUUGGCAAUGGAGAUAUUGUGUCCAGAAAUGAAAAAAAUUCUUCAACCAACAUCCAGCUGCAAGGAUGAUCGACCAUCAAGCAGUAAUGAAAAGAUCAAAUCAAAACACAAUUUGUGGUAUAUGAAUUUUGAUCAAAAACUUAAACAUGAUAUGGUCAGUCAAAUAAUCAAUCAGAUGCAAGAAAUCAAUUCAAAUGAUGAUAUAAAAAUGAAAACUUCGAGCAGCAAUGAAAAAAAAUCAAAAAAUCAUGAACCUACCUUUGCCAAUCUAACGAUACCAGAUGAUGAAUGA